CUUCUCAUACUGCUGCCAGAUCCAUCCUCUGCCAUGUGCGUCUUUGUCGUCUGCUCACGCUGCUGGGUUCCAGUUUUAAACCUAGGCCUCUGCUUCUGCUCCGCCACUCUGCCAUGGGCCCCUGUACCGCCUCCUCUUGCUGCUGCCAGGUCCAGAGCCUGUGUAUGGCCUUCAAUUGAAGCUGCUUCUGCUCCGCCACUCUGCCAUUGGACUCUUGAUAGUCGUCUCCCCACGCUGCUGCUGGGGGGGACUUUUUAACAUAGGCCUCUGUAUGGCCUUCAAUUUUAGCUGCUUACGCUCCGCCACUCUGCCAUGGGCCCCUGUACCGCCUCCUCAUGCUGCUGCCAGG